GAUAGAUAAAUAUAAUGAGGCAGGAGAAAAGAUUACAGAUGAAAUUAAAGAGUAUUCAAAAAGGUUGGAGAAUGAUACAUGCCCUUAUAACUUCUUGUAUAAUGGUGAAAGUGAACCAUUCCUCCACCCCUCACAGAAUAUUAGUGAAUACUGGUCUCGAACAAGUUAUGUGAUUGCAGCAAUUUUGGGAAUAUUUGUAAUAUUAAAAGUUGGACAAUCUCAUAUAACAGAUCAAUACAAGAAGUUUAUUAAAAAUACGAAAAAACGAUUAGAUUUUAGUCUUAAUAUAUAUUCACCAAAAUUAGAUUUUACUAAACAUAUUAAACGUCGAGUAUGGCAAGAAACAUGGAGUGCAUUGAUAUUGACAUCAGAUCAACUUAAAGUUCCAUCAGGAAAAGUUAUAGCUUAUUCACAGUCCCCUCAUCGACCUCCAUACUUGUUAAAUUUUUCAGGAAGUGUUGCAGAACGACAUGUAGAAAACCUAAAGAUUAUGAAGCAUAUAGGGUUAAAACAUUAUACAACUUCUUUGGCACCUUUACCUAUUUCAUUGGAAAAAUUAAGAAUAAAAAUAGUAAAUAAUUUUGUUGGACCAGAUAUGUAUUAUUCACCAGAAUUUUUGAACAGCAAGAUAAAAACGUAUUUUGGUAAAGCAUAUGUAGUACCGUUUCCGUUUAGUUUGGUGAUGUGUUAUGACGAUGAUGAUA